GUAAGGACACUUUGGUCCUUACAUCAGUUAAUGAUGUACGUUUCACUUUGGGUUUUUUUUCUGUAAAGAAAUGAAAUUGGUUUGAAUCUUUAAGCCACUUAUCAAACCAGCUUCCAGCUUCUUCUCUUGCCUCGUGGAUGUGGGCUGCUGAACGUAAGACACUUUGUUUCAUCUUUAACUUGGUUUAAGUUAACAUGUUCUGACAUGAGGCUAUUUUUAGGGGCAUAUCGAACAAAAAAAAAGUGUUUAUGAGUGUCCACACUUAUUACCAGCCAGGUCUGCUUUCUGAAGUGACUUGAUGCUGUUAGAUGGAUCUUCUGAUUGGUGGUUCCACAGAAGAACCACAACGCUCAGGACUGAAGGCAGAGUUUCUCUUUUCCACCCAUAUUUUAUUGUCUGAAAUCACCCCUGGCUGAAUUCAGAUGGAUCUAUCGCCGGUCCUGCUUUAUAUUGGAGUCAUGAUGAUAUGGAUUGGAAACAAGAUAUAUACACUUUAUCAGAAGACACAUUAUUUCUCACUGUCUGAAUUAAACCAAACUAAACUUGAACUGUCUUCGUUCAAGUUUUUAUGUGUUGAGUCAGAAUACUGAACAGUCCUGGCCUGAAGAGCCAUGCAGUGAGGAAGAGGCCAUUUCAAAUGAAGCAUAAAAGCCAAAAGGACAAUUUACGGAUGAACGCCGAAACAAGAAGCUUAAUCUUUGGAGACUUGUCCUCUGGUUUGAUGAAAGUCCAACUGAAGUGUUGGGCCGUAAUUGUUUCUGUUGGAUGGAAAAGAGAGAGACACCUGCAAGCAUGAAAAUGGUCAUGAAAAACUGACUGGUACAUUUCACAAAACAGACAGCGUCAUGUGUCUUUUCACAAAUCGUUUGUACGCUUUUGGUUUCAACUGUCUGUGGAGACGCAGGCAUUUUCUCUCUUUGAAAGAUGUUUGAAGUGCGGCUGCGGUUGACACCAUCAUUAUCCUAAAGUCGUUUUGCACUCCAUGAGGAAUUCCUGGGCUCUUCUCUCCCCUCUUGAGCCUCUCUGGCAAAAGGAUGUGCCCGUGUCGACAGGCCAGGCGGACAACUACGUGCUGCUGCUGGUGCUGCUGAGCGUCUUCGCUGGCGGGACGCUGGUCCUGCUGUCCCUGCUGCUGCUCUUCUGUCACCGCUGCUGCUUGGGUGGACGACGCUACUCCAGAGCGAGCGAUGACCCCGAGAAGACAAACACGACUUAUGCCGAGGAUUCUCAGCCCACGCAAGAGAUCACAAUUCGUCUGGAUGAAUCAGAUGCUCUCUCAGCGUCGAGCUGUCACGAUGGAGAGUCGGACCGAUUUGUUUCCACCGGCUCCACUGGCCGCAGAGUGUCCUUCAAUGAAUCUGCGCUGUACGAGCAGGAAAAAAACACUCAGGAAAAAGGACGCAGGUACACUCUCACCGAAGGAGACUUCCAUCACCUGAAAAAGGCCCGGCUGACCCACCUGCACCUGCCUCCUGCUCCGUGUGACCUGAAGAUACUCACCAUCAUGGAGUGCGACUCCACGGAGAGCAGCACCAUCAACAUCAGUGAGACUGCAGCUCCCCAGCUGCCUCUCAGCAUCUACCAGCCUGCUGAGAGGAGAGUCCCUGACUGGGUGGGACAGAGCUUGAGUGGGGGGCUGCCUGGAGAUCCACACCACUCCACUGUCCCGGACCAGAGAGACAGGCAGUCCUCAUCUGUCCUCAAGUCCCAGCGCUCUCAGACAAUGGAGGCCGUGGGAGACAGGGGCGAGGCCGAGAGCGAGUGGGAGCCGAGGGGAGAGUCGGCUCAGGCCCCGGGUCCGACGUCUGUUCUGCACUUCCUCUCCAAACUGCGGCGACAUGCCAGCCUGGAGGGGGCCGGGCCUUACUUUAGGAGGUGGAAGUUCGACACCAGCCAUCGGGCGGCCAGUCUGGACGCCAAAGGCUCUCCAAAGAGAAAGCCUUUUCAGAGACAGAGAGCAGCAAGUGAAACCACUGACCACACCGAUGAAGACUCCUCUCCGCUCCCAGAUGACGCCUUUGAAUCUUUCCCACAUAUUCCCAUCCAGACCAGCGGCCUCCAGUCCCUCUCCGCUGAGACUCUGCCUCAUCCUGAAACAGCUCCUACAUCCUCUGUCUUCCUCAGGAGGCUAAAGCUGGAGGCCAUGGUGGAGGUAGGUGGCAGCACCACCAGUAGCAGGAGAGCCAAACCUUGUCUCCCAUCUGAUCCCGCUGUGGGUCAAGUUGAGCCUGCCGUCAAUGGAACCCAAGCGGAACAAGAAACGGUGUUUGGAGCGGCGAUAAGAACGGAAGCAGCAAGAAAUGAGUCGGAGUCUGCGGACGAUGACGACCUGUUUGGUGCAGAGCAAGGACCCACCAGGCGGGACCGCUUUGAAGAGCUGUUGAGGCAAACCGAGGACACAAAAACAGACGUUGGCGUGACUGGUGUGAGAAGAAAGAACUAUGCAGGGACAGAUGAGGGAGACGAUGCAGCGUUGGGAGCUGUGGCCAGAAGAAGGACAGACUCAGGCUCGUCUCUGUCUUUCAUGAUCCGCCAAGAGAGCUCAGACGCACCCCCGUCCCUCUACAGAGACAUCUGGAGCCUUAGAGCCUCUCUGGAGCAAUAUGCCUCUUCAGAUCAGAGCAGCACUGAUCGUGAGUCGGUCCGCAGUGAUGCAGACAGCGUCUCGUCCUUUGGUGGAGCAGGAGCUCGCUCAGGCCUGGACACCUGCCUGUCGCAAGACCUGGACGAUGAGCCUGAAGGAGACGGUGAGGCAGAGGGUGGAACCAGAGGGGCGUCAGGGGCAGACGGGGAGAUGGGGAAUGGGGCUGGAGGAGAGGCGGAGGGAGGAAACAGGAAGUUGCUUCAGAUGGACAGUGGUUAUGCCUCCAUUGAAGCGCCAUCCAGAGCCCCUGAAGAUUUGAGGCUUUUUGGGGCUCCUGGGGCCCCUCGGGGGAAGACUGCUUCUGAGAGGAGACUGUUUUUUACCAGCUCUGGGAGGAAAGGCUCAGUGUGUGAGAGCGUGGAGACCAAGUUGUUUCAGGAGGAGCUGGAGGACCAGAUGGCCCUCAGCACAGACACAGAGGACAGACUGAAGCAGAAAUCUCAGGGUGACAGUCUUUCUCACACCCCUCAAGAGCCAUAUCAGCUACUGAAGUCCCUCCAUCCUCAGAAGCCUCCAGAAACACAAACUCAGCUUAUUUCUCCGCUGGUGAACCCGACCCCACAGCCCCCGAGUCCUCAUCGAUCCCGUCUCCGUCGCCGUGACUACAGCAUAGACGAGAAGACAGAUGCGCUCUUCAACGAGUUCCUGCGUCACGAUCCGCGCUUCGACCAGCAGGACUCUCCGCUGCGCUCCAGGCACAGGUCCAGGGUUCACCUCCGGAAGCAGUGGCAGAGACACAAGCAAUACAGCGACCCGGGUUCGGCCUCAGGGGGAAGGUACUCGCCGUCUCUGGAGAGACAGAGGUUCACCCCGCUCAGGAGGGGGGACAGCGCAGGGUACCCGCUGGACACCAGGUACCACAGCACCCUGUCGAGAAUAGCAAGUGCUGCCGAUGAAGAAGCCAGCGAGGUCGCGGCUUCUGAGGAGGCGGCAAGGGAGAGAGCAGAAGAUCCGGUAGGAGAAGGAGCUGCAGGGAGCACAGCCGACAGAACGUCUGACGGAGCAGACCCAAUGAGAAACAUCUCCUCAGAGUUGGCUGGUGAGUCUGAUGGCUGCCAUGUGUCCCCAAGCAAGGAGGCAAGAAGCGCAAGCAGCACUCUGUCGACGCAAAUGAGCCACAUGGACCCCAGAGUGGACAACAGGAACAACAACAGCAGCCAGGCCAUCCUGUCAGAGGUUUCCCUGCAGGCCCAGAGCAGCCUGGCAGACAAGCUGGUGGCGUCGGUGGACGAGAGACUCUACGCCGGACUGCGCCGUGUGGAGAAGGCCCGACAAGGAGGGUCAGAGGUCAUGGUGACGCACACUGCAUCACCAGGGUCCAAUCCCACAUAAUUCCCUGCUGUUGUAUUUAUCAUAAAACCACAAUAAGUCAAACAUCACCAUGUGUCAGGCAUCUCUAGCAGCUUUAGCUUCCAGCAUUAGCAUUAGCUUCCAACUCGUCCAGUCACACCCAAACUGCCACUGUGACGUCCCUCCGUCUGCAAACAGAGAACUUAUCGCUGACAUUCAAAGAUGUAGAUGCAUCUUUAGAAAACGUUAUUUUCUGACCUACCUGUGACUUUUCAGCAUGCAAACUAGUCCAAACUAGGUGUCUGUGAAUAGUGUACAGUUUUAACCUCUAUGAGCACUUUGAUGGGAUGAAAGCUACCGCUGGUGUUCGUCAGCCAUUUCUCUCAUGUCCUCCUCAAGUGACCUUGUUUGUCUCCGCCGUCAUGAGGGUGAAUGGGCGUGUGAGAGCGGUCGAUCCCACGGAUAAUGACAAUACGGUGAACCGCAAAUGUCCCCUUGGCUUUUACACUCACAACCACAAAAUUGUGUUUAGGUGGAAUUUUACGACAGACACACAUGAACUAGUGCAAAGUUGGAUUUUCUCUUAAAAUAAACCCGCUAUUCUGAAAUGACUAAAAACUGUAGAACCAGAGAGAAUAUGAGGAUAUUAAUUUUCAAGACCUGCCACUGAAUCUCAAUGGCAUUUAGGUAUGGACUUUGACUGGGCCAUGAAGUUCUUGCUCUAUGGGUCUUCUGACAGGGUUUAGGUGUGCAACAUUUUAUUGCAGGCCAAAUGGUUCAGUUUUAGUCAAUAACAAAAUGAAACAACCACGCUCCUCCAGAGUUGGCAUAUUCCUCUUUUCUGGUUUUAUGAAUAAUGUCCCCCUAAUAACAAUCCACAGAUAGCACCAAAUAACAGCAGGAUUCAUACUGAGAAUAAAUCAGCCACAGUUGGACUUUGGUAUUAAGUAGAGAACCUCUGGAGAUGAUUAUUUGCACUAGCUUUUUAUUUCUGGCUAUUUUUUUUAUUUUAUAAUUCCACACCAAUUCCACGUCAUUUAUUCAUUUCAUUUAACAAUUAUGCCAUACUUUGUGUCCGUCUAUUGCAUAGAAUUUCAAUAAGAUAUAAUUUUGUGGUUGUAAAGUUAAAAAAAAAAAAAAAAGUGAUGUGAAUAGAUUUGCAAGGCACCGUAUGAAGAACGACACCAAACAUGUUUACAGCUCCCUGUCUUUCACCAACACUUUAUCAGCCAACCUGAAGAUAAAACUAUAAAACCAGAUGGAAAGCAGAAGAUGCACUCAAAUAAAAUGAAAAUAAACACGUGUGAGCAGUUUUGCAUUAUACUUAAGUUGUGUUUAUUUGUGUUAGUCAUCAGUUCUGGUUGUGUAGCACGGCUGAGGAGACGGCAGGGCUUUAGUGCAUCUGGGACUCUUCAGAGGGAAGACUGACGGAUGAUGCUUGAAGUGAGUGACACAGAGGCCUCCGAGGCUUUGAAACAGAUUGCUCACGGAGGAGUUCAGGCUUUCACAUGCUGAAAGUAAUCAGAGGCGGCUUUGCCUUGUUGUGCCCAGGAGUAAAAGAAAUGAUUAACACACUGUGUACGUCCAAAUAAAAACGUGGGAAUGAUCCGUUUUUCUCCCGAAAACAAA